UCCUCUCACGCGCACCAGGCCAGAAGUGCACAAGUCAGCUGACAACUGUACUCAUAUCCAGUUAUUCCGCUCGUCCUCUUGUGAAAGUUUUGUUGAACAAGAAUCCAACGCCCAUCAACAAAAACCAUGGCAAGUCAAACUCAAGGUAUACAACAACUGCUUGCCGCUGAGAAACGCGCAGCUGAGAAAGUGUCAGACGCGAGGAAACGCAAAGCUCGCAGAUUGAAGCAAGCCAAGGAGGAGGCUCAGGAAGAAAUUGAAAAGUACAGACAAGAACGCGAAAAGCAAUUCCGUGAAUUCGAGGCCAAGCACAUGGGAUCCAAGGAGGAUGUAGCCGCAAGAAUUGAUGCUGACACUCGAGUUAAGAUUGAGGAAAUGAACAGUCAGUUGUCCCAAAAUAAGGACCCUGUCAUGCACAAGAUUCUCGAGCUGGUCUACAACAUCAAGCCCGAACUGCACAAAAAUUACCGCAUUGAAGUAGCCUAAGUAAUUUCCACUUUAAUUGCUUUAGCACACAAUUGAUUCGAGUAUAGAUUAUUAUUUUGCUUUUCUGCAGCAUCAAUCGUCAUAGUAGUAUGUAUGUACUACUACUGUUCGCAGUCUAAAAUCAAGUAUUAACUGUUAUUGUGAUUCAUCGAACAUAAAAAAGAAAAUGUAUUUCAGGAGUGCUUAUUGUUGCACUUAUGUUCAAGAUAAUGUAUGUACAAUGUUUGAUCUUGUUAUAUUUGAAAAAAAAAACUUAUUAAGAGUUAUUACUUAUCCUAUAUUGUACAAAGAUUGCUUGGAAUUAUAUUUUCAUGUAUUAAUCACAACAAUCUCGUCCAAUAAACAGGUGUAAAUUUGUCAA